UUCUAUCCGUUGGAGGGCGAAGACCCCUUCGUGGAUGCACGAUCACAACCAUGCAACGCUCCAAAACAUGGCGGCGGUCAGGAGAUGUGGAGAAUCAGUGUCAGCGAAGGAUAAAUGACUGGUAAUACAAAUUGAGUGUAACAUGGCUAAAAGUAGCUGCUGCAUCCCUGCUGCAAACAUCCAGUGCCAGCAUGGCUGACGUUCGGCGUUCAGAAGUACUGGCUGCAUCUCGUUCUCGCACGGGGUGGCUAGAGGAUGGACCCCCCACGUCUCCGUCACCGACCCCAACCUCACCAGCAAAGCCCUUCAUUACUAGCCUUCGCUCCAACUUUGAGUCACGUAGCAACUCAUCCGACGGAAAUGAGAGGCGGCGCAGUACACCUCCCGCUAAAGCUGGCUCUAAAGUCAGUUCUAUCGCAAACAUGUUUCAAUCUCAGAGCGAGACAUCAGAUCCUUCAUCGCGGUCCCCAUCUUCAGAACCUCCUCCGGGAGAACCUGCCCGUCCUUCUGGACCACCCACCUUGACCCGAAGUGAUAGCCACGUGGCCCGCUUUUACAAUGCACGGGCUAUGUUUGAACGACUGCAAGAGGCUUCGAAGAAACCUCCUCCACCAGCUUCUGGGCGCAGAAGCAGUGUGGCUAGUUCACCAGCUAGCUCACCGUCUGCAGUGCCUCCACCUUCUGCCUUGCGUUGGGAUGAAGAUGUUACUCCCGAGGAACCGGAAAGAACUGCCCUCGUCAAUGGAGAUUCACAUAGUGCGUCUUCCAAAGUGGAAAAGGGGAACUCGUCGGUGGGAACCAACGCUGUGAGCAAUGCAGCCCCCUUGCCAGUGCCUCCUCACGCUUCUGCAGCCUUUGAAAAAAAGGCCGUAGAAGAAGAUCAAGUACCCGCGAAAGUUCCACAGCACAAAAAGCCGUCUGCUCCACCGAGGUAUGAGUCCCUGCGGCGAUCCGCGGAAGAUGGUACACUUAAUACGGAACAGAAGCGGCCACUUCCUGAUCCAGGUGCGGAGGCAACAACGAAGAACAAGGCCCCAGGCAUGCUGGAAGAGCUCAAACAGAAAUUAUCAUCUAAUAAUAAUAAUGCCGGUGCCGCUGUGGACGCGGCGGUAAACGAGCCGCCCGAAGUUGAGUAUGCCGUCGUUCGGAAACGUUCUGCCAGCAUUCCUGCGGAAGAUACGCCGAGGAAUGACCCUGGAAAGGUUACGGUGAAUGGCGUAGUGGAAAAGAAAGCAACAAGAGAAUGUGAUGAGCAAGUGAGAGAGAUUGUGAGCACUGCUACAGUGGAACUGAAACAAACUUUGGAAACUUUGGAAAAUAACGAAGCUGAUUGUGCCAAAUCGAAUGCAUUGAGUCAAGUUAACAACAAUACAUGUGAGCUACCAAAGCUUCCGGUGCUUUCUCACGCGGUUCCUCCAGUCGCUGCAAACAAAACUGAGCCAGUAUGUACACCAGCACAACCUCAAUCAUUGGCCUCAUCCUGUUCAGAAAAUGCUUCCCACCACUGGCCAAAGAAGGACUAUGCCAUUCACAACGGAAUAAGUGAACCAUCCUCAAAUAGUGUGCUCUUGUACAGCCUGGCUGCUACUUCAGGAAGAUCACCUAUUCUGCUUCAGCAAGAUCAAGCUCAUAGUGAUAAAUAUGAAGAGAACAGUAGCCUCAAACAUGCUGGUGGUGAAACACUAGCAGAACUUGAGAGCAGAGAACAUGAGCUUUUUAAUGUGGAAGCAGUUAUCAAUUCCCGCUCUUACAAGGGUGAUCCAUUUGGAGAUGUUAGCCUUACUCCGGAAGUGGACGCAAGCGGUGUUGAAUUUAUGACUCAAGAGGAAGCCGACAAACUACUUAGUACCAGUCGACAGCAAGAGAUCUUGAGUGACGAGGAAGCCAAAGAGGUGCAACGCCUGUUGGUACUACGUACUCCCUCCCCAACUGAAGCAUCUGUGAUGGAUGAACCCAGACCCUGUCACCAGGAUGCUGCUGCGCUGCUAAUAGAAGAUGGAGUAGAAUAUCACAUGCUUCCGGAUGGACAUUUCUUCACUGAACAGUCAGGACUUCCCAGCGAUGCAGAAGAUGAUGAUGAUUGCCCGUACGCUGUACCCAUACGCAAAUGCUCUAAGGUGAAGUUCAGUACUGACCCCAUUAAGGUGUUCAGCACACAUUCAGUAGAUGACUAUGAUCGGCGAAACGAUGAUGUUGACCCAGUCUCUGCAUCUGCUGAGUACGAGCUUGAAAAGAGGAUUGAGAAAAUGGACGUCUUUCCUGUUGAACUGGUCAAGGGUCCAGAAGGUUUAGGCCUUAGUAUCAUUGGCAUGGGUGUUGGUGCUGAUGCUGGGCUCGAAAAACUUGGAAUCUUUGUCAAGACCAUUACAGAAAAUGGUGCGGCUUACAAAGAUAGCAGAAUUAGGGUCAAUGAUCAGAUAAUAGAAGUGGAUGGCAAGUCCUUGGUCGGAGUCACACAAGCUUAUGCAGCCUCUGUUUUACGAAAUACGUCCGGCCUAGUUCGGUUUCUGAUUGGCCGCGAACGUGAUGCAACCAAUAGUGAGAUAGCACAACUAAUUUCCCAGUCCAUCCAAGCAGACAGAGAACGUGAGGCUCGUCUGAAAGCUGCAGGUAGUGUGGAAAGUGGAGGGGAGUCACUUGCCUCGACACCCGAGGAUGGUGCAGACCUCCCCAUCACUGGGUCUUUCGAAUUGUCUCACGACAGCAGUGGCUCAGCAUCACCUGAUGCUGAUCCUGAUGGUGUGGAGCUACGUCUCAAAGAAACUCAAUACCGUCUCGCAAUGGCAGAGGCUGAGGUGCGAUCAUUGAGAGAGAAAUUAGAACUGGCAGAAACAGAGCGUGGGGACCUGGGGCGCCUCUUGGAAGGGGCGCAGAGCCGUCUGCAAGAAGCUGAAGCAGAAGCAAAUCGUGCACAGCGAGGAGCUCUGGAGCUGCAGGAACAGCUGCGGGCUCUGGAGGCCAAGUAUGCACGGGCAAAGCGCUUGCUGAGGGAGUUGCAGCAACGAGGGCAGGAAGCAGCACAUCGUGAGGAAUUUCAUCUUCAUCAACUCCAAGAAAAAGAUCACGAGUACAAUGCCCUCGUCAAGGCCCUCAAGGAUCGUGUUAUUAUUUUGGAGAAUUGCCUCUCUGAAACACAGAGGGCAGCAGGGCUGCCGGUGCAGCUUCCAUAUGAUAACACAAUGAAACUCCUUACUCCACAAAUGAAGAGGAGAAGGCCACCCCCACCUGCUGUGCCAGUUUCUGAAUCUGACGGAGAUGACAGCCUGCGUUGCGACCUGAGUCCAGAUGAGGCAUCGGGUGACCAUCGACGAUCGACUGUGGAGAGAAGAGGAGCAGGUGACUCCUUUGAUAGAGUUGUGCCACAGACUGAACUGCUAGACUCCACUGCAGCCAAAGCUAAAGCAGAACUUGCCACAAAAGGGAGUCUAGCAAAUCGUCAGCCACCAUCUUCAUCUGGCCUGAAGAAGCAGCCAUGUGCUGACAUUGGGUCUCCAGAAGAACAGGACCUUAAUACGUCAAUCAAUAGCACGGGUUCUGAAACCUCUAUUCAUAGUUCAUCCCACCAGUCAGACACAAGCAAUACUUCUGACUCAUCCCCUACCCGGCCUUCAUCUCAGCAGCUUGGUGACGAUCUGAAGUCUGCAAUUCUGCUAUGGCAAAACAGAGGACAUACAGACAGCUCCGGUUCAUUGGGCUCACUGGACAGUCCUCCAGGCAAGCGUCUGUCCUCCCUGUCCUCCCCUACAGACUCCCAGCAAAGUGUAUCCCCUAUCCCCACUCCUCCACCACAUGCACAGAAAGUGAAGCUGCUCACACACAAGAAGAUUAAUUCCAGUCUUCAACGAGACGGCAUGUAUGGCAGCCAGACAUCACCAGGAAAUGAGUGGGCCCCAGGCACACGUCGUGAGGAAGUCAGGCCUCACCACUGGCAAAGUGGACCCGUGGACCGGUGGAGUGUUGCCCAGGUGGGCCAGUGGUUAGUGGUGCUAGGGCUCGAGGCCAGUGUCCAGUGCUUUACUGCCCAUAGCAUAAAUGGGGAAGCCCUUCUUCAACUUGACAGUGCCCGGCUCAAGGAGCUGGGAAUUUCUAGCACAAGUGAUCGGUCGUUAUUGAAAAAGAAAAUUAAAGAACUUCGCUCACAGUUGGACAAGGAACGCAAGGCACUGGAAAAAGAACAGCGUGCUCGGGAGAAGCUCCAGCGAAAGGCUGACAAAGCGAAACGGAAGUAGUGUUUUGUCUCUGUGCUAUCAAGAUGUAACAUUUGCAGGAGCAAUGGUGCAAGACAAAGGAUGCUGAAAUUCUCAAGAGUGUGCACGCUCAAGAAACUCUGAACAACGAAUGCAGCACACUCCAUAGUGAGAGUGAAACGCUUUGGUUCUGUAGCCUUUUUGUAGUUUUUUAAUAUUUUAUCGAAGACAGAUUGCAGUUUUAUUCUUAGAAAUUCCAUAAGUGCAUUGUCAGGAUGCUGGAUCAUUUUAGGUAGGCAGCUGUUUUUGUGCUGCACUUCAUGUGACUGACUUAAGCUUGAGCACAUUGCUCAUUCGCACUUGCACAGACACAUUCCUAUUCAUAUUAUUUGUGAUGGCAUCAAUCAUGGUUGUGUCCUUUUGUGAUCAAGCUGUCCAGCGGUUAGCCUUUGAAGGGGACUUUAGAUAUUGUUUGUCUCAUGUCGCUAUCUACCAGGAGAGCUCCUCUGUGCACCUGGAUUGUUUGCUUGUUUUUGUAAAUGACUGUCGUGCCCACGUUGAACGUGUAGAAGUACAUCCUUGUCAGGGUACAGUGUUUCUUUUUUUUUUUUUUUUAAAUGUAAUAUUAAUUAUUGCACUUCUUCUAAAGUAAAGCGCUUAGAUUCUCGUCUUCUGGCUGUUGUGUGUGAAGUGGCAUUUGAACUGAUGCAUGAAGUUGUACGGUGAACAAAAUGUAUUAUGUAAACGAAAAAUAAGCCGAAGGAGCUUCACUACUAUCUCACAAUGUAUUUAAGCCCUGUGGUACUUUUCAUAAGCUAUCGUGCAUUUUCUAGAUUCUGCUGUGUCUGUUGUAGUUGGAGAACGUAUGUCUGUCGUGGAGGCCGAAACGUCAGCUUAGAUGUCCUCUCCCUCAGUGACUCAUUGCUGUAAAAUGUGGAGUACACAUUACUGAUAUUCACUGUGACUUAAUCUUGCAUUGAUGAUGCAUGUGCAUUGUCAACCUCAUUUUACUUAUGGUAUACACAUUAAAAAAAAUUCUAUUUAAAAUGGAUAUGCGAAUAUGCUUUUUGCAUGGCCUGAUGCUCUUCACGUAGUGUUCACAAUUUGGUUUCCCCAUUUUUAAGAUAAAGAAAUUUCUACGUCCA